AUGUCGUCAGAAAGUUCAUAUUCAUCAUGUGAAGAAUACUAUUGUGAAGACUCUGAAAAUUUAACAUCUUAUCAUGAAAAACUUUCAAUUCCAAACUCGUCUGAAAUUCUUGUCGAAAAUUUAUUUGAGUUGCUAAACAAGCAACUUGAUUACGAAAGAGAUGUGUCUACUAUUGGCGGAACGUUACAAUCAUAUUAUCAACAAAACGCUUCAGAAUCCGAU